UCCACCCCCCAACCCGCCAUGACCACUCAAGACGCCUUAGACCACCAGCACCAUCACCUGGGGGGCUCCCAGACACCACACGACUCAACAAAUUCGACCCCAACUAACGUCUCAUCGAAAUCCGCUUUCAUAGAAUUACAGCAACACGGUUACGGGCCUUUUAAGGGGGGGUAUCAACAUCCCCAUCAUUUUGGGAGCCCCGGUGGUCAACAGAAUCCCCAUGAAGCGUCAGGGUUCCCGAGUCCAAGGUCCUUAGGUUAUCCGUUCCCUCCUAUGCACCAGAAUACAUAUGGCUACCAUUUAAGUUCGUACGCGCCUCAAUGUGCCAGUCCGCCUAAAGAUGAAAAAUGCGGGUUAUCUGACGACCCUGGUCUCCGUGUGAACGGGAAGGGGAAGAAGAUGAGGAAACCUCGCACGAUAUACUCCAGUCUCCAGCUGCAGCAGCUUAAUAGAAGGUUUCAGAGGACGCAGUACCUCGCGUUGCCUGAGAGGGCCGAGCUGGCGGCGAGUUUGGGCCUCACACAAACUCAGGUCAAAAUUUGGUUUCAAAAUCGGCGCAGCAAGUACAAGAAGAUGAUGAAGGCGGCGCAGGUGGGGGCGCAGCCCCCGAGCCUCGGCCUUCCACCUGGCUCUCCUCCGAGCAAUAACCAAUUAUUACAUGGUGGCGGCGGCAGCUCAAGUGGUUCACAGCAUUCUCCAUCAGCGUACCAAGGGGGGCCUGCGCAGGCGCACUCGCCGACGCCCAGCUCGACCCCGGUGUCCGAACUGUCCCCCGGACUGUCCCCAACUGGCACCCCGUGGGACGUGAAGCAGCCCCCUCAGCCGUCGUGGGACGUAAAGGUCGGAUAUCCCACAGCGGGGCGCUCGCCCGACGGCACCUCGUGUGACGUGAAGCCUCCGCACCAGCAGUCGUGGGACCCGAGGGUCGGAUAUGGCGCGCCGCCCGGCCCUUGGGAUAUGAAGGGCGCGCACGCAGCGCAUCCCCUACACCACCAGGGGGCGCCCCAGCCUCACCCCCCGUACGUGCCGCAGUACUCGUGGUACCAGACAGACACCAACCCUGGACUAUUGACGGUAUGGCCAGCAGUUUAACACAGAGCAUUCCAGAGAUACAAUUUAACGUAAAUACACGAAAUGGCGGACACAAGAUGGCGUCUUAUGCAAAUGGCGCCCAAACUUUUGGCACAACCAACUCUAUCUGUA